GAAAAUCUAGGAGCAUGCCUCAUUUUUUGCUUUGAAAUUAGUUAUAGAAAUAGGAAAGAUAAAUUCGAAACUCACUGAUAAAUAUUAGGACAUUUUGUCUCACAACCCACUACUAAGCAGUUGGCACACUCUCAGCAGCCGUCUUAAAAGCAUUGUCCUUCGAACUAAUUUAAAGGAAAAACUUUUGUUCUAGGUUGACCGAUUGUGAACCAUUUUAUCCACUUAUCAAGGCCGUUGUUACCAGUUAAACAACUUAAUUCACGAACCAUGAGUUUUAUUCAGGAGUUUCAACCAAUUUCGUGACUUUACUUUCAUUUUAGGAAAAUAGGUCUUAAAAUGGCCUAGUUUUUCAUGUUUUCUGACGAAAUCCAUAUAACGUUCAUCUUAUUGGCUAGUUGCUGGGUUACUAGCACAACUGCCUGCUUGGGCAGUAAUGAUACUAAUAGGACGAAUAGUAAUCUACUUCAAUAUUUCCCUUGCCAGUGGAUGGACGGGAUAAUACCCUUCGUUUUUGAUUUUUACGCCAUCAACUCCAACCGUCUUCUAAAAACUAUCCGUCAAGGCCACGAGCUCAUCCAAAACCAAUCUUGCUUGAUCUUUAACGAGCGCAGCCCCAUCGCGAUGGCGGAGAGCCGGAACACCUAUUAUUAUCUCUACUACACCUACUCAAACGCCCUUGAGGACUGCUGCUACGCGUCAAUUGAUGUUAAGUUUGGCCGACGGGUGGUGCUGAUAUCGCCAGGGUGUAAGGAGCCGCACGAGAUCGCUCACGUCACGCUCCACAUGCUCGGGCUGAGGCACGGGGACAGCAGUCCGUUCCCGGCGUCGUCAGUUAACGCCGUUCUAUUCCCGGAAAACUGUCAUAACCAAUCAGGUCUACGGUUGGAUUCUCCAGAGUAUUCAGAUAAAUAAUAAA